UUAUGAUGGUUUUGAAUCUGAACCACUUCCUGAACAAUACGGUUUGGAUUAUUAUAAAAGUGAAUUUCAAGAAGAAGAUGAAAAAAAUAUUAGUUUUUUACAGUUGAAAGACAUACAUUUUGCUGCUGAUCAUUGUUAUUAUUCUCUGUUAUCCUCAUCUUCAAUAUUAAGUUCAGAAGAAUAUAAAAUGAAAAAUGAAAUUGAAAAUGAAAUUCAGGUUACUGUAGAAAAAGAAAUAGAUGAGAUAAACCAAAAUGGAAUAAACAAUAAAAAGAGCGUAUCCAAAGCUUCUACAAAAACACUUAAAAAAGAAAGCCUUCAGAAAAGUUUUGGAAAUAUAAGAGAAUUUUCAACACCUAUUAGUCAAUUUUGUUAUGAUCGAGCCUUUAUUUCUUGUCCUGCUACACCACUUAGUUCUUCUCGGAAACGAUCUUUGUGCUCUGAAAAUAAAGGCUUCUUUUCAUACAGUGAACCUAAACGUAGGAAGAAAUAUAUGACAAAUGUAAGACGUAACAUUUUAAAUGAAAUAGAAACUUUUGAUGAUGAUACAAAGGCUUAUGAACCACUAAAUUGGUCUUGUGAGAAAAGAUCCUCCUCAAAAAUUUAUAGCAAAGAGGUUUCUACUAAUGGAUUAACAUCAAAUAAAAUUACGUCUAAAGAAACUUUGCUUCAACCAACAACUUAA